AUGGCGACCGAUUCUUCCUCUUUAAGGAUUGGAGUUGUAGGAUUUGGACAUCUAGGUCAAUACCUAGUGGAGAGGAUCCAUAAAGAUGGACCUGCCCUCGGUCUGACUCUGGGUUUUGUCUGGAACAGGAAUUCUGGCAAGCUCAGUGGUUUAGUCCCCUCUGAACUCAUACUCGGGGAGCUAUCGUCCUUUGCAGAAAGGCGAUGCGAUGUGAUUAUUGAGGUGUGCCAUCCUCAAAUAGUUAAAGAAUUUGGGCUCCAGUUUCUGUCUCAGUCUCAUUUCAUGGUGGGCUCUCCAUCUGCUCUCGCUGAUCCUGAUCUGAACCAGAAGUUGCAUCAGGCUGCUCAGAAGUAUGGCAGGACUCUCUACGUCCCCAGUGGUGCAUUAUGGGGAGGCCAGGACAUCCAGAGGCUGAAUGACAGUGGUAAAUUAAAGGCUUUGUUCAUCAGAAUGUCCAAGCAUCCCUCCUGCUUUCGGCUGACAGGAGACGUCCUCACUGACUGGACGGAGGGAGAAGGCAGGCGUGUUUUGUUCAGAGGCUCCGUUGCAGAGUUGUGCCCACUCGCUCCUAACAAUGUGAACACCAUGGCAGCAGCAGCAGUGGCAGCAGGGACACUGGGCUUCACUGGUGUCCAGGGAGAGAUUGUGUCAGAUACAGCGUUAAGAGACUACCAUGUGGUGGAAGUGGAGGUGACUGGGCCUGAUGGUUUCUCAGUACACACAGUGAGGAGGAAUCCAGCCAAACUCGGGGCUGUUACUGGCAGCGCAACUUACAGCUCUUUCUGGAAUAGUUUACUCAUUUGCAAAGGUCACGGGGGCAGAGUUUACCUGUGCUGA